AUGCGAAACUUCACCAACUUCGCGCAAACUGCAGGACAAGCCACUGCACAGCUCCAUAUGGCAUCGGACAACAAGGGGUACUUCCAGAAGCUUGUGAGUGUCAGCGCCAAGGAUCUGGGCUCUGCUGGGUCGGAAGUAGUGACAUUUGGCAUCAAUGCCACCGGAAGUCGCGUGGUGGGUGCAAGAACCGACCGUUCUCUCCAAGUCUGGCGAUGUGCAGAUCGCUUUUCUGACUGUGUCACGAUAGAAAAUGCCCAUUCUCGUGCGGUGGGGGGUGUUUCGUGGAACCCGCUCAAGGAGCUUGAGUUUGCAACGGUUGCGAGAGAUAAAAGUGUCAAAAUAUGGCAUGCCAAUGGCAGGCUCGAACGUGAAAUUUCGCUAGACAAAAUAUAUACGAGUCAUUUGGUACAAUAUUCAACAGACGGACAGUAUCUCGCGGUGGGAUGCCGAGAAAAGCACAUUUUGUUGUUGGAAGUGAAGAAAAAUUACCAAAUAGUGGCAGAUGUCACUACAGAUGAGCACAUAUAUGGCUUAGCAUGGUUCAACCACCAACACACAUAUUUGGCUGCAACGUUCCAAAACGGUUCCUACACCAUCUUCAAGCACUCACAAGGCUUGUCGCCGUUUUUCACUGCAAAAGGACACCGUUCUGUGGUAACUUCUGUGGCAGUGGAUUCUCGCGGUCGUUACUUUGCUUUGGGUUCCAGCGAUGGCAUUGUUUCGCUCUGGAAAACCGAUACGCUCGUCAACGACAAGGUUCUAACCACUGUCGAUGAAGCUAUAGCUCAAGUGAGUCUUUCUCGAGACGGCAAUUACGUCGGUGUAGCUUACGACAGUGGGUCUAACUUGCGAAUUUUCGACUACGAAACUCUUGAAGAGAUACUCGAGGUGCCUAGUAGCAUUUUAGGUGGUGUAUCCCUUGCGGGAAUCCAGUGGUUUCCUAAUAAAACAGGGUUUGUGUAUGUGACCGACCGAGGCAGAACCAUGGCGAUGAUGCGACGGUGA